UCACAGCCCUCCUCCUCCACUCCCAUAACUCUUCAUCCCGCGUCUAAGGCGGGGGCUGGGAUUUAACAAGUUCUCGGCCGCUUGGGAUCCUUUCCCUACUCCCUGGUCUUGUUAGACACCCUGUUUUCCCGUCCCCUAAUUGCCCCGGGGGGAGAAGUUUGCGCCUUCCCUGCUCCCGCGACGUGCACCCUCUCCAUUCAGAGCGAGCAGUAAGAGAAGGGUCGGGAUGCACCUGGGGCGGUGCGGCCCAGGAGGGACUGAAAUAACGGGGUGAUGGGCAGGGGGCGCACUCUAGACAGGUGUGUUGGCCCCAGCCUUUCUGCGCAGAGGUGAGAGGAAGAGGAGGAGGAGGAGGAGGAGGAAGCGGGGGGAGCUGUCUGAGGGGCAGGGCCCAACCCAGUCCACCGCCGCGGGGGUGCCGCCGGGCGGCGAGCUUCGGAGAGGCCUAGCGGCACCUGCUUCUGCCCUACCGGGCAGGGACGUGACCGAUUCAAUUAAAGGGCCCCAGCCAAGCAGACAGGUUGGGUCUCCUAGGACUUCUGGCAGCCAGCCCUUCUCACCCCUGUCCACCAGAUACCAACUGAGCACACAGCCGCCCCUCCAAGUAGGACAUCCUCCAACAUGCCCAGCUUCGGGGUGCAUUUCGGGGGCUUUUUCCUGCCAUGAGCACAGGAAUCCUAAGAAGUGGCUUCCCUUUCCUUGUGGUCAUCCAGCCACCUUUUUAUAAGGCUGGUCCCACCCUGUUGAGAGAACUCAGAUACCUGUAGGAAUCUCUGGCGCUGGGCUGCUCCCUACAGGAACGGGGUGUGUGGUAGGAGGAACUGGGUGGCGCAGCAGGGAGAGGCUGCUUCCGAAAGGGACUGGAGUCGUGGGCCGGCCUCCAGGACAGAGGCCGCAGUGUGGCUGUGUGUCUGCUCCAGGCUGGCACCAUAACACUGGCAGCCCCCUCCCCAAAGCCUGAGGGAGGAACUGCAGAAUGCCGGGUAGGGAUGGACAGGCAAUGCUGGGGUGGUGGCUGGGAGCCAGGCCUGGUCUAACCCGUUUUCCAGCUCCCAGUGCCCCAGGCUGAGACUCCUGCCCACCUGGGUGCCAGGGCCAGGGAGGGGUUGAGUGACCCGUCACUCCCAUGGGAACCAAGUGGGACCGGUGGCAUGACUGAUGACUCAAGGAGGCUGUGCCCAUCUUUCUGGGUGCUCCAAACCAGCUCCCACCCAUCUGCCUCACUGCCAGGCUUGGAAGGGGCACUUGGGAAGGGGGCAGCACAGGUAAAGCUCGAGAAGUAGGGUAAAGCCGUGAGCUAUGCAGAGACCUCCAAGCUCAUCUCCCUAGUGCGUCUAAUUACUGUUUAUAAAACUGGGUGGUGUCUGGUGACAGAGAGCCAUUGCCCCCCAGCUCCCAGGGACCAGGGACCCCAGUAGUUUGACAUUUUGCCAGGUACCCAUGCCUGCCUGUGUCCACCGUCCUGGUCCUCACUGCCCAUGUGUGUGCAUUCCUACCCCAGGAGGGCAGGGCUGAGAAACACUCCUCGGCGUCCCCUAUGCCUACACCACUCUGUACCACCACAGAGGGUAUUCAGACCAACACUGAUGAUGACUAGCAAGGCAGGCGAGGAUGAUGAGGGACCCAGCAUCUGCUGCUCUGUCCCACAGAGGGGUAGAAGUGAGAGGCACAGCCAUCUUGUCUGGUGUUGUGCCCCAGUGCCCCCCAGGGGGAGGAGGGAGGUGUGUGAUGAGACAGGAGCGCUGGCCGCUUGGGACGAUGCUGCAAGGGGCUUGGUGCUGAGACCCUUGGCCUCCAGUCUGUCAUAUUGGGGACCUUGUGGUCCAUGGCCUCAGGGUGAGGUAGGUGGGGCUCACGGUACAGAGGCCAGGAAUACUGCUAUGUGGCAAGAUCCUAGGGACCCUGAGAUUGCUCGGGUCAGCCGAUACUGGCCUGGCGAGCGGCUCUGCACACGUGCAGCCUGCUUCUCCGAGUAUGCGCCUUGAGUGGGCGGUGGACAUUUUUGUGUGUGUGCGCCAUGGAACCUGUGCAUGUGUAUGCAUGAAGCACCACGCGCGUCUGGGAGGGCAGGUCCUGCUGGACUGGCCUUGGGCUGGACCGGCAAGGGAGCGCGCUGGGAAGCGUGGAGGGAGGGCGUGUGUUCCACGGAAGGCUCUCUGCCGCCUUCCCGCUUCGCUGCCAUCCCCUCCGUCCCUCAUCCCGGCCGGCGCGUUAUGGGGGAUGGACGGAGGAAAUCCGGGCCUGGGUCCGGGAGUCGCUGAGGCCUGCGCCGUUUCUGUGGCAACCGAAGCCCUGCGGCGCGAGGGCUACACGGUGCAAGUGAACGUGAACGACUAUCUGGACAUCUACUGCCCGCACUACAACAGCUCGGGGGCGGGCCCGGGGGCGGGGCCCGGGCCAGGCGGCGGGGCGGAGCAGUACGUGCUGUACAUGGUGAGCCGCAGCGGCUACCGCACCUGCAACGCCAGCCAGGGCUUCAAGCGCUGGGAGUGCAACCGGCCGCACGCCCCGCAUAGCCCCAUCAAGUUCUCAGAGAAGUUCCAGCGCUACAGCGCCUUCUCGCUGGGCUACGAGUUCCACGCCGGCCACGAGUACUACUACAUCUCCACGCCCACCCACAACCUGCACUGGAAGUGUCUAAGGAUGAAGGUGUUCGUCUGCUGCGCCUCCACAUCGCACUCCGGGGAGAAGCCGGUCCCCACCCUCCCCCAGUUCACCAUGGGCCCCAAUGUGAAGAUCAACGUGCUGGAAGACUUCGAGGGAGAGAGCCCCCAGGUACCCAAGCUGGAGAAGAGCAUCAGCGGGACCAGCCCCAAGCGGGAGCACCUGCCCCUGGCCGUGGGCAUCGCCUUCUUCCUCUUGACGCUCUUGGCCUCCUAGCUCUGCCCGCUCCUUGGCAGGGAGAGAUGGGUGGGGCUGAGAAGGGGCAGGGAGCCGUGGGCUGUCCAAGGGGCGCCUAGCUGUGGGCCCGUACCCCUCUCCACGGCUGAAAGUGGGGUCUGCACAUACAUCUGUGCCCACCCCCGCUGCCCCCCUCCAGUAAGGGCACUGCAAUGGCCCAGGUACGGGGACAGCCACAGGUCCCAGGUGGCCUUGUGCCUCUGGUAGUGUUUGGUACCAAACCGGGGGCCGCGAAGGGAAGUGCUCAGGACUCCCUGCCCCCUCGUACCUCUCCCUGCCCCGGUGCGCUCCCCCAUUGUCCCCUCAGAGAGACAGAUGUGCCCCAGAGACAGCAAGCUGAAGAGUGGGAGGUGCCAGGUCACCCUCCUCCUGGGGCAGAGCAGGGGGAGGGGACUAGGUAGGGGAGGGGUAGCACCACCUGCUGCCCCCUCCCCCUGUUUACAGCAAUAAGCACGUCCCCCUCCCCCUCCCCUCGCAGGAUUACGGUUUGGAUUGAAUCCAAGUUUACAAGUAGACACCCCUGGGGAGGCAGGCAGUGGACAGGGAUGGCAAGGGGGUGGGCAUUGGGGUGCCAGGCAGGCAUGUACAGACUCUAUAUCUCUAUAUAUAAUGUACAGACAGACAGAGUCCCUCUCCCUCCUUAACCCCGACCUUUCUUGACUUCCCCUUCCAGCUUUAGACCCCUCCCCACCAGGCUAGGCCCCCCGGGGGACCCCCUGGCCCCUCUUUCGUCUUCUGUGAAGACAGGACCUAUGCAACGCACAGACACUUUUGGAGACCGUGAGACAACAACGCCCCUCCCUUCCAGCCCUGCUCCGGGAGCCAGCUCCCAGGACCCGCCGUGCCCACCCUAUGUGGUCCCCACCCAUCCUGGGCCUUUUUCAAGUGCUUUGGCUGUGACUUUCAUACUCUGCUCUUAGUCUAAAAAAAUAAACUGGAGAUAAAAAUAA